AUGGAAUCGACAAAGGCAGCAGGGAGUCAGGUAUUUCUUGGGAUCAUAGGAGUCGGUGUUGUCGGGAACGCUUUUCUUGAGCAGCUUGAAAGAUUACCAUACCCACCGAAACUGAUUCUGCUCGCCCGUUCCUCCAAGACCGUUUCCGCCCCAGCACCAGAAUUCUCCCCAUGUGUACCAUUCGCAGUUUGGGAUGAAGCCGUCAAGCUGCCACAGUUGGUUCAUUCGAAUGCACUACCACCAGCUGAGAUAGCCGCCUUCUUGUCAUCUGCGCCAGGGAAGGCGAUUCUUGUCGACAACACAUCGGAUCUCACGCUGGCUCGAGCAUAUCCACUGUUUCUGGAGCGGGGUGUCUCGAUAGUAACUCCAAACAAGAAAGGAUUCUCAGAAGAUAUGGCUCUUUUCAAUCAGAUCUUCAGCUCUGCUGCACAGGGGAAUGCAGCUGUCUACCACCAGUGUACAGUAGGCGGAACGCUCCCGGUGCUGUCGACGCUCAGGGAUCUUGUGGCAACGGGUGAUCAGAUCACCCGCGUCGAAGGCGUUCUAUCGGGGACUUUGUCUCUCCUGCUCGGUGACUUCAUGCCGGGGAAUGGCACAUCAGAAGCGUCUUGGAGCUCCUUAGUUUCGCACGCCAAGGAGAUCGGACAUACGGAGCCAGACCCACGUGAUGAUCUCAAUGGUCUUGAUUUUGCACGAAAGCUUACCAUCAUCGCUCGGGUCAUUGGAAUGAAUGUCAGCCGACAUGAUUCUUUCCCAGUGGAGUCUCUUGUGCCUGAUGAGCUCUCGCGACUGCCUUCUUCAUCGGCUGGGAUUGCCAGGUUCAUGGAGGAGCUACCUCGAUAUGAUGGUGUGAUGGAGGAGGCUAAAAGAGAGGCUAAAAAGCAAGGCAAAAUCUUGCGCUAUACCGGAAGUAUUGAUGUACUCAGCGGUGCUAUCAAAGUGGGUCUUCAAUUCGUCGAAGCUGGCAGUGCGAUUGCGAAUCUCAGAGGUAGCCAGAUCGUGAACAUCUAUACCAAGCGGUACGGUGCCCAUCCCUUAAUCUUGCAGGGUGGGGGGGUGGUGGUGAAAUUACAGCAAUGGGAAUACUGUCCGAUCUCUUGA